GGUUCGACCCCUUACUGGAGAGGCGGGCAAUGGGACAAAUCGAAAUUUAUCGGCAUAGCAACCAUGGACCAAUCAUACUCGAGUGGCUUCACUGUCCAGCAGGAUACUCAACAGGGAACCACUUACUUUUCGAUAAAUAGAUACGAUAUCUUUCUAUACAUGUUCAUUUCUCCCGGAGGAUCUCUCACGAUAAUGUAUUGGGAUGAUGGAGCUAAGGCAUGGUUGAUGGAUUGGGCAGCACCGAACAAUACUUGUGAGAUUUAUGGAACUUGUGGUCCAUUUGGAGUUUGUAACUCAUUGAAUUCGCCUAUUUGCAGAUGCAUAGAUGGGUUUGUGCCAAAGUCAAAUGAAGAAUGGAACAGUGGAAACUGGACCAGAGGAUGUGAAAGAGAGAUGGAAUUGAAUUGCCAGAAAAACACAAGCACAUCGACUUCUACAAAUGUAAAGAAAGAUGCAUUUUGGAAAAUGAGCCAGAUGAAACUACCCGACUCUGGGAACUAUAUAUCAGACAUUGGAGAUGAAGAAGAAUGUGAAAGCUGGUGCCGGAGCAAUUGUUCUUGCUUGGCUUAUUCUUACGUCAGCACCAUUGGAUGCAUGGUUUGGAGUAAAGACCUCAUUGAUCUUCAGGAAUUUCCCACAGAUGGGGAAGAUCUAUUUGUUCGAGUUGCACAUGUAAAAGCAGGAGGAUCACGACACAAAGCAGUUAUCAUCAGCCUGAGUACUAUUGCAGGGAUUAUGUUCUUUGCAGUAUUUGUUUUUGUUCUUUGCAAAUGGAGAGCUAACAAAACAGGAAACUUGAACAAAGUUCGAAGGCUCCUUGACUCAGCGGAUACACCUGAAAAAUCGACGGAGCUGACACAAGGAAAUGCAUGGCAAAAGCAGUUGAAGCAAGAUGAUUCACUGGAAUUGACCCUUUAUAGUUUUGAUAGCAUACUACUUGCUACAAACAAGUUCAGCACGACAAGUAAACUUGGGCAAGGAGGGUUUGGCUCUGUUUAUAAGGGGAAGCUGAAAGAUGGGAAAGAGGUAGCUGUGAAAAGACUUUCCAGUACCUCAGCCCAAGGCGUUGAAGAGUUCAAGAAUGAGAUCAUCCUUAUAUCGAAACUCCAGCAUCGAAAUCUUGUUAAACUCUUGGGUUACUGCAUUGAAGGAGAAGAAAAGAUUUUGUUAUAUGAGUACUUGUCGAAUAAAAGCUUGGACACCUUUCUUUUUGAUUCAAGGAAGAAGGCAGAACUUGACUGGGGCAAACGAUUUCAAAUAAUUCAGGAGAUUGCAAGGGGGCUGCUCUACCUCCAUCGAGAUUCUUGCCUUAGGGUCAUACAUCGAGACUUGAAAGUAAGCAACAUUCUCUUGGAUGAAAAGAUGAACCCGAAAAUUUCAGAUUUUGGGCUAGCACGAAUGUUUGAGGGCACUCAAGUUUUGGUGAACACUCAAAAAAUUGUUGGAACACUUGGUUAUAUGUCUCCUGAGUAUGCCAUGGGUGGAAUAUUUUCCGAGAGGUCUGAUGUCUAUAGCUUCGGAGUGUUGCUACUGGAGAUAGUAAGCGGCAAAAAGAACACGGCCCUGUAUGACCAGGGACAUCUGAAUCUCCUUUCCUACGCAUGGCAAUUGUGGAGUGAUGGCAAAGCAUUGGACCUAACGGAUGUAGCAAUGGCUGUUAGCUCUCCAUUGGAGGUAACAAGAUGCAUCCAUGUUGGGCUUCUCUGUGUUUAGGACCAUGCCACGGAUAGACCAAACAUGUCGAAUGUGGUUACGAUGUUA